AUGAAGAACCCCAUUUUUCAACUGGCCAUACAAAAUGACCUUCUGCAGCAAGUGUACAAUAAAUCAGGCACAGAGUGGUCAGUGCUCACCAACACUCAGAAACUGCUCGACUCUGACUUCACUGAGGAAAUGAGAAAUCUAGCAAGCAGCAUUCUGAGGCGUGCUCAUUGUCUUGCUGAAGAGAAAAGAUACACUCAAGCUAAAAGCCUUGCUGAAGUCUACUCAGAGGAAGUAAAGACCUUACUCAAACAAUGGACUGAUGACCAUGUCGAGCUGAGAAUACAGAAAUUGGCUUUGUUGAGCAUGUCAAUGAAAUGGCAAUGUAUCCAUCUUGCAACAAAUAGCCUAGGAGAUGUAUCUGUUCAUGAAUACAGAGAGUAUAAAAACAUUGAAGGUGAUGAUCGAAAUUCUCCAGGACUGUUUCCCAGCCUCUUGCAGAAAUUGCUGGAGGUUAUCCCUGAAGAGAAACUGUUGCUGGAGAGGCCAGUUAAACAAAUCCAAUGGGAUGGAAACUUCAAAUCGGAGGACACUUCACUGUAUCCAGUCAGAGUGCUGUGUGAAGAUGGAAAUCACAUUCUAGCUGACCACGUCAUUGUAACCAUUUCACUGGGUUGUCUAAAGGCAAAUAGCCAGUCAUUGUUUCAGCCAAGCCUUCCCAAGAAGUAUCAGCAUGCUAUUCAAAACAUGGGCUUUGGUACAAUGAAUAAGAUUUACCUGGAGUAUGAGGCACCAUUUUGGGAUGAAAAUACAGACAUAAUUGGAUUGGUUUGGGAGGAUGAGACCCCAUUGUCUGCCCAGAAACCCAACCUGGCUGAGUGGUGGAGACGAGUUCCAGUCAUUUAUGUGUUCAGGCCACCUGAAAGGUUUGGUCAUGUCCUUGUGGGAACAAUCUCCGGAAAAGAGGCAGAGUUUGUGGAAUCUCUGAGUCCUGAGGAAAUAGCGUCAAGUUUCACCAAACUUUUCAGACAAUUUACUGGGAGACCUUCACUGCCUGCACCAAAAAAUGCUUUUGUGACAAAAUGGUCCAGUAACCCUUACACUCGGGGUUCCUACUCCCACAUAUCCAUCAAUUCAACUGGAGACAUGAUUGACACAUUGGCUGAACCCUUACCACAGGCAAAAGAGGGAACUUCUUCUCCAACGCUGCAGAUUUUAUUUGCUGGUGAAGCAACACAUCGGAGCUACCACAGCACCAGCCAUGGAGCACUGCUGUCGGGCUGGAGAGAGGCUGAUCGACUGAUCAAUCACUACUCCACCAAAUGA